UACAUUCAUCCAGCUAGAUACUAGUUCACAUAAAGUCUACAAAGCUACACAAUUGUAAACCCUAGCAUUUUCUUCUCCUUUUUUAUGCAUUCUUCAGUUAAUCUCUUGGUUUACAACUUCUUCAUGUGUUUUCCUUUCAGUAGUUAACACAAAGUUAGAGCUACUAAUUGAUUAGCUAUACUGUGAAUGAAUGAUCAUAUAUAGCUCUUAUUCUUGAAAUAAUUGAAAGAAAGAAAAAAGGCAGCAAAAGUGGAUGGGAAGAGGCCAUAUGAAUCAUCGGAGAAAGAAGAAGAAAAUCAUAUUACUAAUCAACAAGACAUAUGUCCCAAUAUGUACUCAGCAGCUCGAUCUCAACAUGACAUGUCUACUAUGGUUGGUGUCCUCUCUCAAGUUAUUGGGAACACCACUGCUGGAAACACCAUUAAUAAUACCAAUUCUUCUUCAGCUUCCUCUGUGCAUAAUACGCCAUUAACCCUAAGUCAGUCUAUGCAAAACCAACCUCAGCCCAAUCAACAACAAGGGAAUCAAAGAAGAAGACACUACAGAGGUGUGAGGCAAAGACCUUGGGGUAAGUGGGCGGCCGAAAUCCGUGACCCUAAAAAAGCUGCUAGAGUAUGGCUUGGGACUUUUCACACUGAUGUGGAUGCUGCUAUUGCAUAUGAUGAAGCUGCUCUUAAAUUUAAAGGAAACAAAGCUAAACUAAACUUCCCAGAAAGGGUUGAAUGCAAAACUGAAUUUGGGACAUACAUUACUACUGAUCAUCAUCAUCAUCAAGAACAAUUUCCAGCUGCUAGCUCCAAUAAUGAUCUUCCAACUUCUUUGGGGACUUUCUCUCAAUUAGAACAUGAUAUUCACCACAACGCCCAGCUACUUCGCAGUAGCGGUAAUAAUAAUGCUGAUUUGAACUUUGGAGUCUCACCAAGAGUUGAUCAACCUUCAGGGUUCGUCUCUAAAGCACUGAAUUUUGCCGAACCUACUUUCAUUUCGGAAUCAUCAUCAAUCACAUCUUUGGUACAACAAGCGCCAAGUUAUCACAAAGAAGAUGAAAAUAUUCCGAGAUUUUCAUCCCAUUUGGGGACUUCUUCAAGCUCAGGGCCUAUUGAAAGUAGUUUGGAGGAGUUUGACGAUCCAAAGUAAAUAUUCUUUCGACAACAUGAAGGUAAUUUCUUGAGGAUGUCUGUUAUUAUAAGUUUUUUCUUAGUUCCAAGUUUUUGGUUUUAAAAGUGGUUUUUCUUUCUCGUUUGUCUUGCAAUUAAUAGCACUACUUGGUUCGAUUAAUAAAUUCAGUUGGUUAGACAGGAACUAUAGUCAUUUACCUAUGAAAAAUAAAUUACUAUCA